AAGUCUCACUCUUAGUCUCUCAGUUCUUCAUCUCUAAAAGGGGAAUAAUAGCAGAUCCCUACCUCAUAAGGAUGUUGGCAGGAAAGACACGUUUAAUAUUGUCAGCAAGUCAGAUACUACAGCAGUAAGGGCCCUAGAUAGUGACUCAUCACACAUAACCACUUGCCAGGGGAUCGUGGUAAACAACAGUAAGGGCCAAGGGCCAUGGGAUAAAAGCAGAAAUACAGUGGGAAGCCCUGUCCAGACCUCUGGCUUUGACAAUGCACCGUGCAGCUCGCCCUGCCACUGAGCUGAGGGUGUAUCCCGUGGAGCCUGCCCCGCGCCGGUGGGAUGGGUUGAGGCGGAUGUGAGAGGAUCCAGGGUGGGUGUGUAGGAGCGCAGCAGCUGGAGACGGGAGAGAAGCACUGUGAAGGGGAGGAGGCAGGAGCUUGAGAGGAUCCAGGGUGAGCUGCGUGUGUCUUUGAUGGGAAGAAGAGGCAGCAGGGAGGCUGUGGAGAACGAGCGUCUCUCUGCCGGGAUGAGCGGACACAGAGGCUGAGCGUCCGUGUUAGGCGGAGAGCAGGCGGCAGGAGUGGGGAUGAAAGAAUGAUGUGAUGGAGAUGAAUAUGGGCUGCUGGUCAGGCACAAGACCCCCAUUGUCUUGCCUCACCAUCCUGCUUGUCAAGCUUUUGGCCUGUGUUUGCCAGGGGCUUCAAGGGACAAUACCACUCGGCUUUCACUUUACGCAUUCCAUUUACAAUGCUACAGUGUACGAGAACUCUGCAGCCAGGACCUAUGUCAACAGUCCAAGUAGAAUGGGUAUUACACUGGCAGAUCUUUCAUGGGAUAUCAAGUACAAGAUAGUGUCUGGCGAUGAUGAAGGCUUUUUCAAAGCAGAAGAAGUCAUAAUUGCUGACUUCUGCUUUCUCAGAAUAAGAACUAAAGGUGGGAAUUCUGCUAUAUUAAACAGAGAAAUCCAAGAUAACUAUUUAUUGGUAGUAAAAGGGUCUGUCAGAGGAGAGGACUUAGAAGCAUGGACAAAAGUGAAUAUCCAGGUUUUGGAUAUGAAUGAUCUAAGACCUUUGUUUUCACCAACCACUUACUCUGUAACGAUAGCAGAAAGCACUCCUUUAAGGACUAGUAUUGCACAGGUGACAGCCACAGAUGCAGAUAUUGGGUCCAAUGGCGAAUUCUAUUAUUACUUCAAAAACAAAGUUGAUCUCUUUUCAGUUCACCCAACUAGCGGAGUUAUCUCUUUAAGUGGCCGGUUAAACUGUGAUGAGAAAAACAGAUAUGACCUUGAAGUUCUGGCUGUGGAUCGUGGGAUGAAACUUUAUGGAAACAAUGGAGUAAGCAGCACUGCCAAACUUUAUGUUCAUAUUGAACGUAUAAACGAACACGCCCCAACCAUAAGUGUGGUAACCCACAUACCCUUUCCAUUAGACAAGGAGCCUACGUAUGCUGUUAUUAACAUUGAUGACCUAGAUGAAGGAGCUAAUGGAGAGAUUGAAUCUGUUUCCAUCGUAGCUGGAGAUCCCUUAGAACAGUUCUUUCUGGCUAAGGAGGGAAAAUGGAUUAAUGAGUACAAAAUCAAAGAGAGAAAACCCAUUGACUGGGACAACUUCCCCUAUGGUUACAAUCUUACUCUCCAAGCAAAGGACAAAGGGUCUCCUCAGAAGUUUUCUGCAGUCAAACUGGUCCACAUCGCUAGUCUCAAGAGAGAAAGUGUCCCAGUAAAGUUUGAAAAGGAAGUUUAUGAUGUGUCAAUCAGUGAAUUUUCCCCUCCAGGAGUAGUGGUAGUUAUAGUUAAGUUGGUGCCUGAACCACAGGGUGUGGAAUAUAUAAUAUCUCCUAAUCAGGAUGCUGAAUAUUUUAAGAUUAAUCCCACGACAGGUCUUAUUAUCACCGCUCACUCUUUGAAAAUCAUUGAGAAGGAACUCUAUGAGUUAGAAGUAGUAAACAAAGGUGGUGAUUUAAAAGCACAAGUUAUUGUCAGGUUAGAAGAUGCGAAUGAUCACACUCCAGAGUUCACACAGCCUUCGUACAGCUCCUUUGUCAAUGAAAGUGUUCCUGUAGGAACCAGCGUUUUGUCAGUUUCAGCAUUUGACAAGGACAAGGGAGAAAACGGAUAUAUAACAUACAGCAUUGCCAGUCUGAAUUCACUGCCCUUUUCGAUAAACCAGUUUACUGGUGUUAUUAGCACCUCUGAAGAACUGGAUUUUGAGUCUUCUCCAGAGAGCUACAGGUUCAUUGUCAGAGCCUCUGAUUGGGGUUCGCCGUACCGUCAUGAAAGUGAGGUUAAUGUCACUAUAUACAUAGGCAAUGUCAAUGAUAACAAGCCGUUGUUUGAGAAAGUGGCUUGUCAGGGAGUGAUUUCAUCUGACUUUCCCAUAGGUGGUCACAUCACUGCUAUAUCUGCCAUAGAUAUAGAUGAGCUAGAACUAGUGAAAUACAAAAUUAUCUCUGGAAAUGAGCUUGGAAUUUUUUAUUUAAAUCCUGACUCCGGUGUGCUGCAACUUAAAAAGUCUCUUGUUAAUUCUGGCAUAAAGAACACCAAUUUUGGCCUUAAGAUCACAGCUACAGAUGGAGAGAAUUUUGCUGAUGCCAUGUUCGUUAACAUUUCAAUAGUACAUGGGAAAGUGUCUUCAAAGACUUUUAGCUGUAGAGAAACUAGAGUUGCUCAGAAGCUGGCAGAGAAAUUGCUCAAGAAGGCAAAAGCAAAUGUGAAGCUGAAUUUGGAAGAUGGUUUCCUUGAUUUUUAUUCGAUUAACAGGCAAGCUCCACACUUUGAUAAAUCCUUUCCCUCUGAUGUAGUGGUUAGAGAGGACCUUCCAGUUGGUGCUAGGAUCCUGAAAAUAAAAGCCUAUGAUGCGGACUCUGGAUUUAAUGGGAAGGUUGUCUAUACAAUUUCUGAUGGAAAUACAGAUAGUUGCUUUAACAUUGACAUGGAAACAGGACUUCUUAAAGUUCUUAUGCCCAUGGACCGAGAGAAAACAGAGCUGUAUCUCCUUAACAUUACAAUUUAUGAUUUAGGUAAUCCCCAGAAAUCUACAUGGAGACUAUUGACUGUAACUAUAGAGGAUGCAAAUGAUAACAGUCCUGUUUUUUUACAGGAUAGUUACUCAGUUAAUAUUUUAGAAAGCUUGAGUAUUGGUACAGAAAUGAUCCAAGUGGAAGCUAGAGAUAAAGAUCUGGGCUCUAGCGGUGAAGUGAUUUACUCAGUAUUGACAGACACACAGCAGUUUGCCAUCAAUAGUUCUACUGGAGUAGUGUAUGUGGCUGACCAACUAGACAGAGAAUCGAAAGCAAACUAUACACUAAAGAUAGAGGCCAGGGACAAAGCUGAGAUUGGCCAUCAGCAAUUUUCUGUUGUUUCUCUGAAGGUUUUUUUGGAUGAUGUGAAUGAUUGUUCUCCAGCUUUCAUUCCAUCUAGCUACAGUGUGAAGGUCCUUGAAGAUCUGCCAGUUGGCACUGUAAUAGCUUGGCUAGAAACUCACGACCCAGAUCUUGGUUUGGGAGGUCAAGUGCGCUACUCUUUGGUGAAUGAUUACAAUGGACGAUUUGAAAUAGACAAAGCUAGCGGCACUAUCCGCUUGAACAAAGAACUCGAUUACGAGAAACAACAGUUCUAUAACUUGACUGUGCGUGCAAAAGACAAAGGACGUCCAGUUUCCCUCUCUUCCGUUUCUUUUGUUGAGGUUGAAGUGGUGGAUGUUAAUGAAAAUCUCUACACUCCUUAUUUUCCUGACUUUGCAGUCAUUGGAACUGUAAAGGAAAACUCCCGCACUGGAACAAGUGUAUUGCAAGUGACAGCUCAAGAUGAAGACUCUGGAAGGGAUGGGGAGAUCCAGUAUUCCAUCAGGGAUGGCAGUGGCCUUGGAAGAUUUAGCAUAGAUGAAGAAACCGGAGUUAUCUAUACUGCAGAUGUCCUUGACCGAGAGACAACUAAAUCCUAUUGGCUAACAGUGUAUGCGACUGAUCGUGGUGUCGUCCCACUUUAUGCUACCAUCGAGGUCUAUAUUGAAGUUGAAGAUGUGAAUGACAAUGCCCCUCUGACCUCUGAACCCAUUUAUUAUCCGGCUGUCAUGGAAAACUCCCCUAAGGAUGUAUCCGUCAUUCACAUCCAGGCCCAAGAUCCCGACUCCAGCACCAGUGAAAAACUGACCUACAGGAUUACAAGUGGAAACCCUCAGAACUUCUUCGCUAUCAAUCCAAAAACAGGUCUGAUUACGACAACAUCAAGAAAAUUGGAUCGAGAGCAGCAGGCAGAGCAUUUUCUCGAGGUGACGGUCACAGAUGGAGGCAUCUCUCCCAAGCAAUCUACUGUUUGGGUGGUGGUUCAAGUUCUGGAUGAAAACGAUAACAAGCCUCAGUUUCCGGAGAAAGUCUAUCAGAUCAAGUUGCCUGAGAGGGACCGCAAGAAAAGAGGGGAGCCAAUCUACAGAGCUUUUGCAUUUGACAAAGAUGAAGGACCGAAUGCAGAAAUUUCCUACAGCAUCGUGGAUGGAAAUGAUGAUGGGAAAUUUUUUAUUGACCCUAAAACCGGGAUGGUUUCUUCCAGAAAGCAAUUCACAGCAGGGAAUUAUGACAUCUUAACAAUAAAAGCAGUGGACAAUGGACGACCUCAGAAGUCUUCAACUGCGCGCCUCCAUAUUGAGUGGAUUAAGAAACCUGUACCCUCACCUGUAUCACUGACUUUCAGUGAGCCCUUCUACAACUUCACUGUCAUGGAAAGCGAUAGAGUGACAGAAAUUGUGGGAGUAGUCUCUGUGCAACCCGCUAACAUACCUUUGUGGUUUGAUGUAGUCGGUGGCAAGCAUGCUCGAGAGAUGUUCUAUAUUCUACAGACAGCUUGUGGGCAGAACUGUUCAACAGAAGGAGGGAAUUUCGAUAGUUCUUUCGAUGCUGAGAAGGGUGUGGGCACUAUUGUCAUUGCAAAGCCCUUGGAUGCAGAGCAGAGGUCAAUAUAUAACAUGACUAUAGAGGUCACCGAUGGAACAAAUGUUGCAGCCACUCAGGUUUUUAUCAAAGUAUUGGAUAACAACGAUAAUGGCCCAGAAUUCUCUCACCCAAGUUACGAUGUCACGAUUUCGGAGGACAUCCUCCCUGACACUGAGAUACUGCAGGUCGAAGCUAUAGACAGAGACGAGAAACACAAGUUGAGCUACACUGUUCACAGCAGCAUUGACUCAGUCAGCAUGAGAAAAUUCAGAAUUGACCCCAGCACAGGGGUACUAUACACUGCCGAGAGAUUAGACCAUGAAGCUCAAGAUAAGCACAUCCUUAAUGUAAUGGUUCGAGAUCAGGAGUUUCCCUAUAGAAGAAACCUGGCCAGAGUCAUCAUAAACGUGGAAGAUUCCAAUGAUCACAGUCCCUACUUCACCAGUCCUUUGUAUGAAGCCUCGGUGUAUGAGUCAGCAGCUAUUGGGUCUGCUGUUUUGCAGGUCACUGCUUUGGAUAAAGACAAAGGAGAAAAUGCGGAGCUUACCUACACUAUAGAAGCAGGAAACACUGGGAACACAUUCAAGAUCGAACCAGUUUUAGGCAUCAUCACAGUAUUGAAGGAACCGGACUUGACAACAAUGGGGCAGUUUGUUUUGUCAGUCAAAGUAACUGAUCAAGGUUCACCACCACUGUCUGCAACAGCAAUUGUACGCAUUUCUGUGACCAUGUCAGAUAAUUCCCAUCCAAAGUUCACACACAAGGAAUACCAAGCAGAAGUUAAUGAAAAUGUUAAUAUUGGAACUUCAGUUAUUUUGAUUUCUGCAAUCAGUCAGUCUACAUUAGUUUAUGAGGUCAAGGAUGGGAAUGUGGAUGGAGCCUUUACUAUAAACCCAUAUUCUGGAGUCAUCACGAGUCAAAAGCCACUUGAUUAUGAACAUACUUCAUCUUACCAGCUCAUUGUUCAAGCAACUAACAUGGCAGGCAUGGCAUCGAAUGCGACCAUCAGCAUUCAGAUUGUUGAUGAAAAUGAUAACCUGCCAGUUUUUCUCCUCUCCCAAUACUCGGGCAGCAUAAGUGAAGCUGCUCCUGUAAACAGUAUAGUCCGGAGCUCAGCCAACAACCCACUGGUGAUACGAGCCACGGAUGCCGACAGUAAUCAAAAUGCUUUGCUGGUCUAUGAGAUUGUUGAAUCCACUGCUAAGAAAUACUUCACUGUAGAUUCCAGCACUGGUGCAAUCAGAACAAUUGCAAAUUUAGACCAUGAAACCAUAGCCCACUUCCAUUUCCAUGUGCAUGUUAGAGAUAACGGAAAUCCACAGCUCACAGCGGAGAGUCCAGUCGAAGUUACUAUUGAAGUAACUGACAUCAAUGACAAUCCUCCAGUCUUCAGUCAGGCUUUGUUUGAGACGGUCUUGCUUCUACCCACUUACGUUGGUGUAGAGGUUCUUAAAGUCAAGGCUACAGACCCAGAUUCAGAGGUUCCACCUGAGCUAACAUACAGUCUGAUUGAAGGCAAUGUGGACCAUUUUUUGAUUGAUUCAAGUACUGGAGUACUCACCAUAAAAAAUAAUACUCUUUCCAAAGAUCACUAUAUGCUUAUAGUAAGAGUGUCUGAUGGGAAAUUUUACAGCACUGCUAUGGUAACCAUAAUGUUAAAAGAAGCCAUGGAUAGUGGGCUCCAUUUUACACAAAGUUUUUAUUCCACAUCUAUCUCGGAGAACAGCACUAAUAUCACAAAGGUAGCUGUGGUGAAUGCUGUUGGAAACCGUCUCAAUGAGCCCUUGAAGUAUGGUAUAUUAAACCCGGGGAACAAGUUCAUGAUCAAAUCCACCUCAGGAGUUAUUGAAACGACGGGCAUCCCCUUUGACAGAGAAAAACAAGAGCUAUAUGAGCUGGUUGUUGAAGCAAGUCGUGAACUAGACCAUCUGCGUGUGACCAGGGUGGUUGUCAGAGUUAACAUUGAGGACAUCAAUGACAAUGCUCCGGUGUUUGUAGGGCUGCCUUACUAUGCUGCUGUACAAGUUGAUGCUGAGCCCAGUACCCUAAUUUAUCGAGUGACAGCCAUUGAUAAAGAUAAGGGUGCAAAUGGUGAAGUCUCCUAUCUGUUGAAAGAAGACUAUGGGCAUUUUGAAAUUGACAGACAAACUGGAAGUGUCACUUUAAGAGAAGCCUUCAACUCUGACUUAUCUAAUAUAGAGUAUUUAGUUAUCAUCCUUGCAAAAGAUGGUGGUAAUCCAUCAUUAUCUGCUUCAGUAGAACUUCCUAUUACUAUAGUUAAUAAAGCAAUGCCUGUGUUUGACAAGCCCUUCUAUACAGCUUCUGUAAAUGAAGACAUAGAAAUGCACACCCCAAUUCUUAGCAUAAAUGCAACCAGCCCAGAGGGCCAGGGUAUCAUUUAUAUCAUUGUUGAUGGAGAUCCCUACAACCAGUUUAACAUUGACUUUGACACUGGUGUUCUGAGUGUCAUCAGCCCACUGGACUAUGAAGUAAAUUCUGUUUUUAAGCUGACAGUACGAGCCAGUGAUGCCCUCACUGGUGCUCGGGCUGAAGUCACUGUGGACUUAAUUAUUAAUGAUGUAAAUGAUAAUCCUCCCGUUUUCGAUCACUCGGCCUAUAAUGCCACCUUAUCCGAAGCAUCUUUGAUUGGGACUCCUGUGUUGCAGGUUGUUGCUACCGAUGCAGACUCUGAAAAUAACAAACUUAUACAGUAUCAGAUUGUCCAGGACUCCUUUAACAGCACUGAUUAUUUUCACAUAGAUAGCACAAGUGGCCUAAUCCUGACAGCCCGUAUGUUGGAUCAUGAACUAUUACAGCAGUGCAGCUUAAAAGUCAGGGCAGCUGAUAAUGGAUUCCCACCACUGAGCAGUGAAGUUCUUGUUAGUAUUUAUGUGACAGAUAUGAAUGACAACCCUCCAGUUUUUAACCAGUUAAUAUAUGAAUCUUACGUGAGUGAACUGGCCCCUAGGGGCCAUUUUGUGACUUGUGUCCAAGCUUCUGAUGCUGACAGCUCUGAUUUUGACAGACUGGAGUACAGUAUCUUGUCUGGAAAUGAUCGGACCAGCUUUAUAAUGGACAGCAAGAGUGGCAUUAUAACUCUGUCUAACCACCGGAAACAGAGGAUGGAGCCAAUGUAUAGCUUAAAUGUCUCUGUCUCGGAUGGAUUGUUCACCAGCACAGCUCAGGUGCAUAUCCGGAUCCUUGGUGCUAACCUCUAUAGCCCCGUCUUUUCACAGAGUAUUUAUGUGACAGAGGUGAGAGAAAAUGCUGCCCCUGGAACUAAGGUAAUCCAUGUAAAAGCGACAGAUGGAGAUUCUGGUAUAUAUGGUCAGAUAAACUACUCCAUAAUAAAUGAUUUUGCCAAGGACCGCUUCUUAAUUGAUAACAAUGGACAGAUCCUAACAACUGAGAAAUUGGACCGAGAGAACCCUUUGGAAGGGGAUAUCAGUAUAUUUUUGAGGGCCCUGGAUGGAGGUGGGAGAAUGACUUUCUGCACCGUGAGAGUGAUCGUAGUGGAUGAGAAUGACAAUACUCCCCAGUUUAUGACAAUAGAAUACAGAGCAAGUGUCAAAGCAGAUGUUGGAAAAGGUCAUUUGGUCACCCAAGUGCAAGCAUUAGAUCCAGAUGAUGGAGCUAAUUCAAGAAUCACCUAUUCAUUGUAUAGUGAAGCCUCUGUUUCAGUGGCAGAUUUGCUUGAAAUUGAUCCUGACAAUGGAUGGAUUGUCACCAAAGGUAACUUUAACCAGCUGAAAAACACUGUUCUGUCAUUCUUCGUCAAAGCAGUUGAUGGUGGCAUUCCCAUGAAGCAUUCCCUUAUUCCUGUCUAUAUCCAUGUUUUACCUCCAGAAGCUGUUUUACCUUCCUUUUCCCAACCCCAAUAUUCUUUUACAAUACCAGAAGACACUGUCAUAGGAAGCACCCUUGACAUUUUACAUGUUUUGCCAAGCCAAGGUGCUGUAUAUAGCACCGUUAACGGUGAAUUAGCUGAAAACAACAAGGAAGGGAUUUUCAUCAUAGACCAAGACACUGGAAUCAUAAAGCUAGACAAGAGACUUGACCAUGAGACAAAUCCUGCUUUUCACUUUAAAGUUGCAGCCACCAUACAGCUAGACAAAGUGGACAUUGUAUUAACUGUGGAUGUGGAGGUUAAAGUGUUGGAUGUAAAUGACAACAAGCCUGUGUUUGAAGCUGCCAACUAUGAAGCUGUAAUAAUGGAAGGGAUGCCAACAGGGAUUAAUCUUAUCCGGGUUAAAGCAAUUGAUGCGGACUGGGGUGCAAAUGGGCAAGUCACGUAUACUCUUUCAGCAGAAUCGGAGCUGGACAAGAUCAUGGAAGCCUUCACAAUCGAUGGCAACAGUGGGUGGAUCAGCACAUUGAAUGACCUAGAUCAUGAAAAGAAUCCCACUUUUACUUUUGCAGUGGUGGCUUCAGAUCUGGGAGAAGCUUUUUCCCUCUCAUCCACCACCUUGGUCUCUGUCACUGUGACAGACAUAAACGACAAUGCACCAAUCUUUGAACACGAGGUGUACAGAGGAUCCGUAAAAGAGAGUGACCCUCCUGGUGAAGUUGUGGCAGUUCUCAGCACAUGGGACGAAGACACAUCUGAAGUCAAUCGACAGGUUAGCUACCAUAUUACAGGAGGGAAUCCCAAAGGGAAGUUCGCCUUGGGACUGGUUCAGAAUGAAUGGAAGGUUUACGUGAAGAGACCACUAGAUCGGGAAGAACAAGACAUUUAUUUUCUGAACAUCACUGCUACCGAUGGCCUGUUUGUAACACAAGCUGCUGUGGAAGUGACGGUCACUGAUGUUAAUGAUAAUAGUCCUGUCUGUGAUCAGUUUGCAUAUGCAGCAUUAUUUCCUGAAGACAUUCCAUCAAACAAAGUCAUCCUUAAGAUCAGGGCUAAGGAUGCAGACAUCGGAUCCAAUGGUGAAAUUCGCUAUUCGCUGUUUGGACCUGGGAACAAUAAAUUUUUUUUAGAUCCAGAAAGCGGUGAGUUGAAAACCUUGGCCCUUUUAGACAGAGAGAAAAUCCCUGUGUACAACUUGAUUGCCAGGGCAACAGAUGGCGGUGGCAGGUUCUGCCAGUCAGAAAUCCAUCUUUUCCUGGAAGAUGUUAAUGAUAAUCCACCAAUGUUUUCUACUGAUCAUUACACCGCAUGUGUCUAUGAGAAUACAGCCACUAAAGCUUUGUUAACCAGAGUUCAGGCCACGGAUCCUGAUGUAGGUGUGAACAGAAAGGUGGUCUAUUCCCUAGCGGACUCCGCAGAUGGUUACUUCUCUGUGGAUAGGUCAUCAGGGAUCAUUAUUUUGGAGCAUCCACUUGAUAGAGAGCUGCAGCCUUCCUAUAACAUCAGCGUAAAAGCAUCAGACCAGAGCCUUGUGUUGUCCCUGUCUUCAUUUGCCACAGUUACCAUUACAGUGCUGGAUAUUAAUGACAACCCUCCUGUGUUUGAGAGAAGAGACUACCUUGUUACAGUGCCUGAAGAUACCUCACCUGGCACCAAAAUACUGGCUGUUUUUGCAACAAGCAAAGACAUUGGUACCAAUGCAGAGAUUACCUACCUCAUCAGGUCUGGAAACGAGAAAGGGAAAUUUAGGAUCAACUCAAAGACGGGAUCCAUUUCUGUAAUUGAAGCUCUGGACUAUGAAAUGUGUAAGGAUUUUUACCUAAGAGUGGAAGCAAAAGAUGGAGGUAUGCCAGCCCUAAGUGCUAUUUCAACAGUGAACAUAAAUGUAACGGAUGUGAAUGACAAUGCACCAAAAUUUAAUCAAGAGGCCUACAGUGCAGUCAUCAGUGAAGAUGCUUCAGUUGGUGAUUCUGUGAUUAUGUUGAUAGCAGAAGACCAGGAUAGUCCUACCAAUGGCCAGAUUCAUUUUUCCAUAGUGAAUGGUGAUCGGGACAAUGAAUUUUCAGUUGAUCCUGUUUUGGGACUUAUAAAGAUUAAAAAGAGAUUGGACAGAGAAAGGGUGUCUGGAUAUUCGCUAGUUAUUCAGGCAAGAGACAGUGGCAUCCCUCCUUUGUCAUCAUCUGUGACGGUCAACAUAGACAUUUCUGAUGUGAAUGAUAAUAGCCCUGUAUUUACACCGGCCAACUAUACAGCUGUAAUUCAAGAGAAUAAACCCGUGGGCACAAGUAUUUUGCAGCUGGUAGUGACAGACAAUGAUUCUUUUCACAAUGGCCCCCCAUUUACCUUCACCAUUCUGACUGGCAAUGAAGAGGAGGAAUUUAUGUUGGACCCACAUGGAGUUUUGAGAUCUGCAGUUAUCUUCAGGCACAUGGUAGCAACUGAAUACAUGCUCUGUGUGCAGGCUAAAGAUUCUGGAAAGCCUCAACAGGUGUCCCACACUUACAUUCAAGUGCGGGUUAUUGAAGAAAGCAUUCACAAACCAACAGCCAUUCCACUGGAGAUCUUUAUAGUCACCAUGGAAGAUGACUUUCCAGGGGGUGUCAUUGGAAAGAUUCAUGCCACAGAUCAAGAUGUGUAUGAUGUUCUCACUUACACCCUGAAGUCAGAGCAGAAAAGUCUGUUCAAGGUUAACAGCCACGAUGGCAAGAUCAUUGCCCUGGGAGGGCUAGAUAAUGGCAAGUACACACUGAAUGUGUCCGUCAGCGAUGGCCGGUUCCAAGUGCCCAUCGAUGUUGUCGUCCACGUGGAACAGCUGAUACAAGAAAUGCUGCAGAACACAGUCACCAUCCGAUUUGAGAACGUUUCCCCUGAAGAUUUUGUGGGGCUCCACAUGCAUGGGUUCAGGCGCACCUUGCGGAAUGCUGUGCUCUCACAGAAACAAGAUAGCCUGCACAUUAUCAGCAUUCAGCCUGUGGCAGGCACCAGUCAGCUUGACAUGCUGUUUGCAGUUCAGAUGCACACCAGUGGAUUCUAUAAGCCUGCUUAUUUGAUUCAGAAGCUUACCAAUGCAAGGAGACACUUAGAAAAUGUGAUUCGCAUCUCGGCUAUCUUGGAGAAGAAUUGUUCUGGACUGGAUUGUCAGGAGCAGCACUGUGAACAAAGCCUGUCUAUUGAUUCCCAUUCCCUGAUGACCUAUAGCACAGCGCGAAUUAGUUUUGUGUGUCCCCGUUUCUACAGAAAUGUACGCUGCACAUGUAAUGGAGGGCUGUGUCCUGGGUCCAGUGAUCCCUGUAUGGAGAAGCCGUGUCCUGGGGACAUGCAGUGUGUGGGGUACGAAGCUAGUCGAAGACCAUUCAUCUGCCAGUGCCCACCAGGGAAGCUUGGAGAAUGUUCAGGGCACACUUCCCUUAGCUUUGCUGGGAAUAGUUACAUCAAAUACCGGGUUUCUGAAAAUAGCAAGAAAGAAGAAUUCAAGCUGGCUCUGCGUCUGCGAACCUUGCAAAGCAAUGGGAUUAUAAUGUACACCAGAGCAAAUCCCUGUAUAAUUCUGAAGAUCAUGGAUGGCAAAUUGUGGUUCCAGUUGGACUGUGGAAGUGGCCCGGGAAUCCUGGGAAUUUCUGGCAGGACUGUUAAUGAUGGGAACUGGCACUCGGUCUUCCUGGAGCUCAAUCGGAAUUUCACAAGUUUGUCACUUGAUGACAGUUACGUGGAGCGGCGCAAAGCUCCCCUCUACUUCCAGACUCUGAAUACAGAUAGCUCUGUCUACUUUGGAGCCCUGGUGCAAGUGGAUAAUGUCCGAAGCCUGACUGACAAGAGGACAACCCAGGUCUUGAGUGGUUUUCAGGGCUGCUUGGAUUCUGUUAUCCUGAAUGACAAUGAACUGCCGCUCCAAAACAAGCGCAGCAGCUUUGCAGAAGUGGUUGGCCUGACUGAAUUAAAGCUUGGCUGCGUUCUGUACCCGGAUGCAUGUGAGAGGAAUCCUUGCCAGAACGGAGGGAGCUGUACUAGUUUGCCAUCUGGUGGUUAUCAGUGUAGUUGCCUCUCUCAAUUCACAGGAAGAAACUGUGAAUCUGAGAUCACAGUGUGCUUUCCAAAUCCAUGCCGAAAUGGAGGGUCGUGUGACCCGAUAGGCAAUGCCUUCAUCUGCAAUUGCAAAAAUGGACUGACAGGAGUAACGUGCGAAGAUGAUGUCAACGAAUGUGAAAGAGAGGAAUGUGAAAAUGGCGGUUCCUGUAUCAACGUUUUUGGCUCGUUUCUGUGUAACUGCACUCCUGGAUAUGUGGGGCAGUAUUGCGGCCUCAGGCCUGUGGUGGUACCCAACAUACAAGCCGGACAUUCCUACGUCGGCAAAGAAGAACUAAUAGGAAUAGCAGUCGUCCUUUUUGUUAUCUUUGUGUUGAUCAUCCUGUUUAUAGUUUUCCGCAAGAAAGUGUUCCGGAAAAAUUACUCACGCAACAAUAUCACCCUGGUCCAGGACCCGGCUACUGCUGCUCUGCUCAACAAGAGCAACGGGAUCCAGUUCAAGAACCCAAGGAACAGUGGGGACAGUCGCAAUAUCUACCAAGAGGUAGGGCCACCGCAAGUCCCUGUGAGGCCCAUGGCUUACACCCCUUGCUUCCAGAGUGACUCACGGAACAAUUUAGACAAGAUAGUGGAUGGACUUGGAGUUGAGCAUCAGGAGAUGACGACGUUUCAUCCAGAGUCUCCUCGUAUACUAACAGCAAGGCGGGGUGUGGUGGUGUGCAGCGUGGCUCCCAACCUGCCAGCCAUGUCUCCCUGUCGAUCUGACUGUGACUCCAUCAGGAAGAGUACCUGGGACGGUGGUACUGAAAGUAAAGAGGUUGAUGAUGCUGAAGAGGUGACCUGUUUUGCCGGAAGUAAUAAAGGCAGCAACUCUGAAAUUCAGUCCCUCAGCUCCUUCCAGUCAGACUCAGGUGAUGAUAAUGCUUCCAUAGUGACUGUCAUACAGCUUGUCAACAAUGUAGUUGACACUAUAGAAAAUGAAGUGUCUGUUAUGGAUCAAGGACAGAACUACAACAGAGCUUAUCACUGGGACACCUCUGACUGGAUGCCAAGCGCUCGUUUGUCUGACAUUGAGGAAGUGCCCAAUUAUGAAACAGCAGAUGGAGGCUCGGUGCAUCAUGGAAGUAACAGGGAGCUGGAAACUGAUUACUACCUUGGUGGCUAUGACAUCGACAGUGACUAUCCUCCUCCUCACGAAGAGGAGUUUUUAAGUCAGGACCAGUUACCGCCUCCGCUCCCAGAGGACUAUCCAGACCAAUAUGAAACCCUUCCACCAUCACAGCCAGUCUCAAUGGCUAGCACACUCAGCCCAGAUUGCAGACGGCGGCCACAGUUCCACCCUAGCCAAUACCUCCCUCCUCAUCAUUUCCCCAACGAGAUGGAUGCUGCUGGGUCUCAGACUGUGAAUGAAUUUAGUACUUUUGCUGUUGUCCCAGGCCAGAGCGUGGAAAAUGUUAGUGCAGGUAAGAUGCCCUUAUCCUUACACAACUCUCUGGAUGCCUCCUCAUCUGACAUUUCAGCCAGCUGUGGCUUUGACGAUUCCGAAGUAGCCAUGAGUGACUUUGAAAGUGUGGAGGAGCUCAUCCUAGAUAACGUUCACAUUCCAUUUGUGGAGACCCAGCAUCAGACACAAGUGUAAAGGAGACUUUUUUUCUGGUGGUCAUUUGGUCCAAUUAACAGUAUAAAUACGGAGAAGACAUUUUGGUAAAGAUGUAUCUAUGUAUAUUGGGCAAGGCAGAAAUCCAGUAUAACCUAUUAACUUGUUCAGAAAUGAUACUGUAUGUGCAGACACAAAGAGACCAGUUAUGUUAAGCUGUGUGCCACAAAAUUGUUACAGACAAUCUGGAGAAUAUGUACCAUCUAUUUAUUACCAAGAGUACACUCACAGAGUUUAUGAGGGGGGAAACAAUUUCACCUUUUAAGUUCCCUUUCUUCACCUGCUAUUUAUUUGGUAUUGUAUUAUUAAAAGUGUUACAAUCUCUCCCUGCAGUAUUAACAAAGGGGAGGAUGAUUCCAAGAGGCGUCGUUGCAUGAAAUUUUAGGUCAGCUAAAGAGUGAAAGAAUUUGGUCAUAUGUAAAACAAUUCCAUUGGUUUUGUUAAAAAAGCAUUUAAAAGACAACUUAUCAACAUGGAUAUCUGUCCAUAAAUAACUAUUUAUUUAUAGUUUUGUUUAUAUAUCACAUCGAAUCCUAGCUUGUGUGCAUAGAGUAAGACACAUAUACACAUUAUAUAUUAUACACCAAACUAGACUAGGUUGGUUGCCAUUGUUCAAACUUACUUUCAGAUGUGUAUGUAUACGUUGAAUUAUGAGACUUUCCAAAUAUUGUGACAUUUAACCCUUGCGAGUUUGACACACUAAUGGCCAAAUUCUGCCCUUAGAUACACAUGUGUAACUCCCAAUGACUUGUGUACCGAAUGUGACCACGUAUCUGAGAACAGAACUGAACCUGAACUACCACGUUUUGCUGCUUUUAUUUUGGGCUUCCUUGCAGCUUUUUAACAGCAGUCAUAAUGCUGUCAUAGUCCAGUUAAAUUAGUUUGCAUACACAUUCUGCUAUAAUCUUAAAUUUCUAGAUCAGCUACAGUUGAAAAAUGUCCUGCCCUCGAGUUUGUGGAACAGAUCCUCGACUGGUGUAGUCAAUGGAGGUAUGUUAAUUUACAUCAACAUCAGCUGAGUAUCUGGCCCUGUAUUCCCUCAGAACUCCCAAAUAGUAUUCACAGAGUUAAAAGCGCUUUUGUAUAAUACUGUAAAAUGCAAAAACACCACCUCAGGUUAAUUUUGGCAUUUCACAUUAAUCAUCCAGAGCAGGUUAAAUGCAAUAUGGAAACCUGUUUUUUCCACUCACUGCAGUAAAAAUCUAUAUGUGCCCUUUACUCAAUGCUGUGAAAAUA